AUGUCCGUCACGACUCUCCCCCUGGUUUUAAUGAACCUCGGAGGAGAGAUGCUUUAUAUCCUGGAUCAACGUCUGCGAGCUCAAAGCGCUUGUGAGGAUAAAUCCUGUGAAAAAGCUGCUCUCGUGUGGUCGGAAAAUGACAGAAAAAGAGUGAUGAACGAUAUUAUCGGAACGAUGUUUAGUAAAGCCUUCAUGGACGAACUCCUCAAACCUCAGCCGAUGUAUUCGCACAGAACCAUGAAAGUGGUGCUGACUCGCUUGGCACAUGUUUCUAUUAUGAAGCUCAACCCGGUUAGCAUGGACAAGCUCUACGAGUUGAUAUUGAUGGCCUUCAAGUACCAAGUUUUCCACUGUCCUCGCCCUAAAGACCUGCUUCUCAUCUCAUACAAUCACAUCGACAGCAUCCGCCAAUUUGUCAAAGACACGCCCGCCAUUCUAAACAAAGUGGAUGAAACUCACAGGAAGAUCAUUGAGGUCUACUCGUCUGUAAGCGAGGGUGAAUUCCAGCUUCUCCGCCAAACGCUGCUCACGUUCUUACAAGACACGCAUAUCCGCGUGUCCAUUUUCCUGAAAAACAAAAUCCAAAACCCUAACGGACGUUUCGCCAUGCCCACCUCAGGCCCGGUUCCUCACGGAAUGGACGUUCCUGGCACAAUUAGAAAUUUUGACAAUAAAGGACGAGAAACACGUCGCUACCGGUUCCCUACGGGUGGGAAUUACUGCCAUCCGGUUAAAGACGCAUCAUUCGGCCUACACGGAGAACGAGUCAUCAAACUUGGCGUGAACAUGUAUUGCAUCAAUUUUGAAGAUUCAUCCAAAGUUCCUAAAAUGGAGGUAACUAGCAUUUCCAACCCGCUAGCUAAAGAAGAACUCAAUCUUCUCGCUCGUUUGAUGGGAACGGUCGAAGUUGAGAACAUUCCCGGUUCCGAAACCGGUUUUCACUUCAACUUACUCGUUUUGACCCAAGAGGAAGACGCAGAUGCUGCUUCAGGUGGAGCCGAGGAGUCGUUCGGAGUUGUGAACAUAAAACCCCUACAGGAUGAAAAAUCUGCAGCUCAGCUAGCUCAAAUCGCCGGACUUUUCGCAGAACACGAGACGCGGGAAGAUGUGAAGCGCGACAGAGGAGAUGAGCUGUUAGCCAUGAUGGAUGACCUCAUGUCAAUGUAG